UGGGAGGGAGGAAGCGGCAACGGUCGCUCGGACGGGACGCUCACUUCACUGCGGCGGCAGCGCUCGGGAUUCCCGAGAGGAAAAGCAAGCGCGGGACCUGAGAGACAGGACGACCAGACAGGUUCCGCGUCUCCUGGCCCUGGCCUCGCCUUCCCCCGAGCUUUCCCGCCAUCCGAGCCUCCCCACCCACCGAUUCCCAAGUCCGAUCGCCACGAGUGUGAGACUGGGAGGGAGGGAGGGCGGCCGGCGUUAUAAUUGCUGGGCGAGCGUGGGGGGCAACCCGACGCGCACGCAACCGGAGCAAACCAAACCGCGCGGGGGCAGGGAGGGAGGGAGGCCGAGCAGGGGAGCCGCCGAGCGCUCGCACCGUCCGUCGGGUCAGUUCCGCCGCCAUGGCGAGGUCUUGGCUUAUAACUGGUAGGGGAAUUGCUAAGAAAGUAAGAUAUGCAACUCAUUGCGCUAAUCGGCAGAUAAGUGAAUUGGGUGCAGAAGCACGGAGGGAAUGCCCGAACUGCAAACAUGACAUUGAUAACAGCGAUGUUGCCAUACAGUGGCCUGGGCUGCCUGCUGGUGUCAAGUUUGAUCCGUCUGAUUUGGAAUUGCUUGAACAUUUAGAAGAAAAGAUUGGCCUGGGAGGUUCGGAGCCCCAUGUGCUUAUUGAUGAAUUUAUUGCAACUGUAGAGAACGUUGAAGGAAUCUGCUAUUCACAUCCUGAAAAUCUUCCUGGUAUGAAGAAAGAUGGUAACUGUGCCCAUUUCUUCCAUAGAGUUCUAAAUGCAUAUGGUUGUGGCCAGCGCAAGCGUCGAAGGGUUAUCAGCUGUAGUGAUCACACCGUUUCUGAUGAGCAUGUGAGAUGGCACAAGACAGGCAAAUCCAAAGCUAUAUAUGACAAUGGUGUUAAGAAAGGUUGGAAGAAGAUAAUGGUUCUGUGCAAAACUACGCAAAGAGGUGGAAAACCUGAAAGAGCUCCCUGGGUGAUGCAUCAGUAUCACCUUGGAGAAGAGGAAGAUGAAAAGGAUGGAGAGCUUGUUGUUUCCAAAAUCUUUUACCAAUUGCCGACAAAGCAUAUGGAAAAUUCUGAAACAGAAACUGCAGAUGAAGAACCUGAUGCAUUUGCUUCAGGGAUUGGUCCAAAAACUCCAAAGACAAACACCCCACAGCUACGUCGCCCUAAUAAUAGUCCAUUUGAAACUGAGCAGAAUGCUUCCAUCCCACAGGACGAGGACGAAGGAGAACAUACCUUACCUAUUGUUAGCCUGGAGGAUGACGCCGUGAACUCUGCAUGGUGUGCCGGAGAACAUCAGGACGUUGGAGAGGCAUCUCGGGCUCAGCCUAACUUGGACGAAUCUCUGCUUUGUCGCGAGGACCCGGCUUCCUUAAACGAUGAAACGUUGCUUCCCUUGGACUAUCCGAUUCUGUCCCAAUGCAGGAAUGAGAUGCUUGACAAGGACCUGAAUGCGUUUUAUGGGUUACCUGAUCUCCACAAUAUAGACCUUGGAACACCUCCAGAUCUUCAGCUUUCUGACUUGCAGUUUGGUUCUCAGGAAAGCCUUGGCAGCUGGUUGGAUCGCAUCUAGGAUGAUUAAGAGUUUGAAUUAACGCUAGAACUGCUUGAUCGAGGAGCAUCCUUUUGCACAUAAUAUGGUAAUCAGUGGCAACUAUUUUGGGACUGACACAACGCUAGAACAUGUUUUGCGUCAGUAAUGUAUUGUGUUGAGCCAUCAAACUAUCUCUGAGAAACCAGAACCUUCUCUAUCUUUUUUUUU